AUGAUUCUACCACUCUCACCUGCUACCGUGAGUCUGAAUGAUACUGCAUUACCGAGGUACAAUGCUACAAUGAAUGGCACUCGAAGUCACACGCAGCUACAAGCAGCCGAUUACAGCCCGUCUGGUGCGGCCUUCGUUCUCGCCAUUACGCUCUGCGUCGUUACUAUCUGCCUCUGUCUCGCCGGACUUGCGGUGCUUGCUCGAAAGCAGUGGAUACGUCAGCGACAAGCACGGGCAGACACCAGCAAGAGCCGACUAUCAACGUACACACAUCGACUGUCCCGGGCACGGCGUGAGAUCGAUGCCUGCUAUACGAGGCGAUACCGCGGCGUGCUGGCUCACCCGGUGGAGAACCCCGAAAUGGGCAGCGACUCGCCGAUACUGCUCUGGACCGAACCGCGAAUUUGCGAGGCUCCUGCUGUGCCGGCUAAAGGCACGGAAGCGAUAAAUCAGAAUACUGAGACCCGCAGGAAGAGUAGGGGAGUGAGCAUGCUGCUCAACGGUAAGGCGUGGCCGCCAGGGCGAUAG